UUACUCCCAACGGCUGCAGUGUCCUAUGGCCUACAAUCAGCUCUGGCUGUCAUUUUUGUCCCGCAGGCAAACGAGAAAUUCUACGAUCUCGGCGGAGCGCUUGGAUUCGUUACGAGUACCUUCACUUCGCUGUAUUACCCAUCUAUGAAGGCGAACUUGCCCCCCAGGCAACUCUUGCUGAUACGCGGCUCGGUACAUUUCUUGUCACUGGGUGACUCAAGGUUCGACGAAAUUAAAUACCAGCCGGCAAAGUUCACAGCUUUCGGAUGGCUCAGCUACGUGGUUUUCGUCGUCGGCUUGCCAGUGUAUCUGGUACGUCAACACGUUACCCGCCUCCGCACAUCCGCCACUCGCCCGUUUGAUUAUUUCUCACUUGCUUUGUUUGCCGGUUCCUGGCUAUUUGAGAUCAUCGCCGACAGGCAGAAGACCACCUGGCGCCGUGCCAGAGACAAAAAGGAGCAUAACGAGAAAUUCAUUACCAAUGGCUUAUGGAGCAUAGCCGCCACCCGAAGUACCUACGUAGGCGAGGUGGGCCUGUGGACUGGCAUUUGGUUACUCUCUGUCCACUCGCUGUGCACGCCCUCUCCACUAUUGACGUGGUUUCUGCUGCGCAACGUGUCGGGGGUGCCGCCACUGGAGAAGGCAGGAAACUUGAAAUUCGGCAACGACCCGAGGUGGCAGGAAUACAAACGGACUGUUCCCGUCUUCUGGCCUUGGGGCCCGCGCGGCUGAUGCUGAGAGCCGCAAUACGCCCGGCACGCGCCCAUUUUACUGCCAUAGCCAUGAACCAGAACCACGCUGCGGACAGUAAAUUUUGGCGCGCUUUCGAAGUAUUUGAUAGUUCUGCAUGUAUCCUGUCACCCCAGUUGUGCGCAAAUGUGUAUGGUAGAGUCAUGUAGGGAUCCGAUAUCCUGACCGAAGUUCCCCUUCUUGUGUAGCCUAAUUGCAUCCGCUCAUCGCGGUAGCGCCGACGUACGUGCGGCACUAAUCGACAGUGAGAUUACUCCGA